AAGUAAGAGUAUUGCUACUUCAGUAAAAAUAUUAUUGAAGAAGUAGGAGUAAACUGCUAGAAAACUUCUUUACUAGUAAGUAAAUUUCAAAGUCGCCUACAGUAUGUAAAUCUGUAUCAUCAGACAGACAGGGCCCAGCAGGGGGCGACACUGUGCAGGCUGCAGGAGGAAGUCACGUGGCUGAGGUGGCAUUUUAAUAACUCCAUGGUGUGUGCUUCUCUUUGAGCUCAAAACGAGUUGUAAAAAUGUCUCAAAUCCACACGGGAGCCUUUAAGGAAGAGGAGGAGCCGUGUCGCUCCGAAGAGAACCAGAGCCGGGUCAGAACCGGACCGGAGCCUCUGGGCCAGGCCUUGAAGCCGGGAGGAGAGCUGCACAGAGCGGCUGUCCAAGCCCGCUCUCUGAAUCCUGGUUGUGGUCUGAACCAUGAAAUCCCAGAGACUCCUCAGAUUAAAGAGGAGGAAGAGGAGUGGAGCGUCAAAGAAGAGGAAGAGCAGCUGCCAGUGUCUGCCCCAGGGUUUAUCGUUGUGUGUGUGAAAACAGAAGAGUUUGAACAGACUGAGCACAAAGAGGAAACUGAGGAAGAGGAGACAUUUUUCCAACCAGAGACACAGGGACGCAUGGAGUCCUCCUCUGACACUGACGACGAUGACGAGUGGAGCGCUUCCUACAGCUGUUCAGACCCACAGACUGGAGCUCGUGCCUCUGUGAGCGAUGAAGACCUCUCAAGUGCUGCUGAAGUAACUAAAACCAGUAAAUACCAGUGUCCAUUUUGUAAAAAGAUCUCCGCGUCGAAACAGGCUUUACAGAAACACAUCCGAGUUCACACAGGAGAGAAACCUUUCGGCUGUUCAGUGUGUGAGAGCGCGUUCACACAAAAGGUCCAUCUGGAAAUCCACAUGAGGACUCACACAGGGGAAAAACCAUUCAGCUGUUCACUCUGUGGCAAAGUGUUCAGAGUAAACUCCACUCUCACAUCUCACAUGAGGACUCACUCCGGAGAGAAACCUUUCAGCUGUACAGUCUGUCACAAAUCCUUCUCCCAUAAAAGUCACAUCGCAGUACACAUGAGGACGCACACAGGGGAGAGACCUUUCAGCUGUUCACUCUGUAAGAAAACCUGCACCACCAGGUCUAAUCUCAGGUCACAUAUGAAAUACAGACACACACAGAAGGGGGAGACCUUACAAGCAUCCAGUCCGUGAGAAAAAAAUCUAAUCUGAUAAAAACCACAGAACAACGCACAAAGGGGGGAACCUUACAGCUAUUCACCUGUAAGAAAACCUUUACCAAAAAGUUUUAAAUUUAAAAUACGUCAAUAAAGGGAAAUUUGAGCUGGACAGGACUUGAGUAAUGAUGUAUUGAUGGCAUAGACUGUAUAUAUAAUGGACAUUUCUAACCUACUAGCCUUCACAUGGCAAAUAGAAAGUGAGCAUGGGUGUGAUUUGGAUCCAUCGACUCUGACUUCAGUUCACUUUCUAAAGAAAAAACGUUCCCCUUAUCUCUGUAACUACUGCUGUCAGACUCAUCAUUCUGGUCUUAAAAUGUUUGUGUUAGCCCACUCUACAUGAUCCUGGGGUUUUUAUUUUGCUAUUUUGUUUGUUAAUCAAUCACAUUAAUCUCAUUAAUAUCAGACCAAUAAGGUGCCUAUUUUCUCCGAGGUUACUCCCCCUAGCAUUAGCAACAGGUUUGACUGACAGCACUGUUAAGAGGGAAGGGGUUUUACCAUCAACAGCCUCGCUCCCGAUUGUCUCCAGUAGUCAGUAAUACUUUUGUUCAGUUUUCCAAAUUAGCUGCUCUAACUGAUGGCCUUGAUUGGCUUCAUCUGGCUGGAGCCAAAUGCUGUGGGUGACGUCAGACUCCCUUAUUCACGUCUUUAUACACACUAUGGUUGAUGGUUUUAAUUUUUAAAUCUGCAUAUUUAUAUGUAAUUUAGUAUAAUUUUAUAAUAAAUAAUAAUACAUUUUAUUUAUUAGGCGCCUCUCUGGACACUCAAGGUCGCCAUACAACAAUAAAUACAAAACAUAAAUUUAAAACCAUACAUAAAUUUAUCUAUGUAAUGUUUUGACCCAAACUGGCUGAGUUUGUGGACAUGUUUUUGAGGCCACUGAUGGAGAGUUUACACAUGGGACAGACAGAAAACUGUUAAACCUUCUCUAUAUCUCUGACAUCAGAUGCAGAUGUUUAAGGCAGUGUCUCCUAGUGCUGUACAAUUUAUCAAAAUCACAAAGUCUGCUCUAUUAUUUAGAUAAUAGAAUGUCCUCUGCUAAGAACAAAUUAUCCUGUCUUAAGAACAACCGUGUUGUAUCUGUAGUUUAGACCUCUACAAACAUGUUCUUAAAUGCAUGGUAUUCUUGUAUUAGUGCAGUUAUGUUUCAGUUUACUUGUGACCUGCCUCACGACUGUGUAGAGCAGGGUCUAUUCUGGACUGAAAAGAUGUCUUAUUUAUGGUGAUUGUGAUGCUGCACAGAGGGAAACAGUCGAUAUGGCAUCUGUAAAUAAGUCAAGAUCAGCUACAGUUCCAUUUGAACUCAGUUUUUUUUUUCCAAAGCACCAAUAUUGCACUAUGUUUGAUCUGUUAUUAUGUUUUCCUUCCUCAUCAAAAUACCUGGAGUUGUUUUGUUUGAUUCACUCAUUCACAUAUGUUGAACAUAUAAAUCCUGCUGCAUAUAUAGACUGUGUUCUUUUUUCAGAAAACAUUCUUCAUCCUCGAGAUGUCAUUAAGUGGUAAUACAAGAAAUGCUCCACUGUGUGUUUAAACUCCAUACAACUUUACUAGAAUCAUUUGGAUAAUUUCAUUUUAAAUUUUGAUCUUUGGGGAAUGCAGACCACCUAAUAAUCUAGGAUUAUUUUUUUGAUAAUUAUUGUUUUGUUAACGAAGCAAAACACAAGUCCGGGUCUGUUUUUGAGGAGCUAACAGCAUUAUAACAUGAGUAAAAGCUCACAGGAGUCAGUUCUGCAAAUAUAUAGGAGCCCACAUUUGACUCAAAAAUCUAUUUAUUAAAAGUCAAAAGUCAGAU